GCGUUACCAUUUCUUGUAUUCCAGUUUUCAGUGAAAGAUUUGAAGGAAUCUGUUCCAGACUUUAUUCUAUUUAUUCCAGACUUGCAUCAUGAAGUUUCUCGUCUUCGCCGCUGUCUCUGUUGUGAUGGUGCUAGCCCAGAGGGACCCCACCACAGUCUGCGCUCCUGACACGCUUCAGACUGACUUUUAUGACUUCAACAGAGAUGAUUUUGGUCUUGCAGUGGCGGACUUCACCAAGAAUCUGACUUCACUGUUCUUCUAUAAGUCUGGAGAAAAAGUUGUAUAUGACAUCGCUAAUAUGCAAGGAUACCUAACCAAGAAAGAUGGCGCCUGCUCACAGUUUCCUAUUGACGCUACACAGCUGACCUUCCAAUGCCUGCCAGCCAACGCCGUGGAACUGACCAAUGCAACCACCUACAUCGGACUCUCAAGUUCCGGCAUCAAGAUCACGGCCUGGGAAAUCCCGUUAUCUACCUCUGUCAGCAUUCGUGUGGCGGUCACUGACCAAACGCCUGCUAUUCCCGUCCUGAGAGAAAUCCUUGGCGCUCAAACCAAAGUGGCCGGCGAUGUUCUAUUCUUCACUAACCCCUCCACCACCAUCGACGACACCAGCAUGCUAUUCAUCCCUACAGUGUGUCCCCCCGCUGUGGUCGUCUAAACAUGAACUCACAUUCCAUUCGUCGAUCGUUAUUGGCUGUACAUACACAUUUAUAUUAUUGCUUCACUUUGUCGUUACAAGGAUUGCAUCUUGUGUAAAAUAUAAUAUUUUUGCACACA